AUGCCACCCACACCAAAGAAGAAACCGACCUUAGAGGAAAUAUCACAACGUUUUCAUCUACCCCUUCAGAAAGCUGCCGAUGACAUGGGAAUUUGCCAAACUCUGCUCAAGAAGUUUUGUAGGCAAUACGGCAUAACCAGAUGGCCAUACCGAAGAAUUCGAUCCAUACUCCUCAAAGACAGUGAUUCAUCCGUGGUUGAUGAGGAAGUUUUCAAACUCAAGGUGGCCGAUUUCGUCAGAAAUAAUUCAGAAAUAAUUUAUUCGCCCGAGAAGGAUAUCGACAUCCCAGAGGGCUCUGCAUCCGCUUCAAAUUUAAACAUGGGCCAUUCAUUGAAUCAUGAUCACUCUACUCACAGUCUUACUUUUCAUUCUUCUCAUCAAAACCUCAACAACAACCAUAUUUCCUCGACCUUACCAUCAUUUCCUCAACAUUCUUCAUUUUCUCCUAACAACGAUACCACACCAAUGAUUUGGGUGAAUAACUCAUCACCUUCACCGCCCCAUACCUAUAUUCAAAAUAUAACUGUUCAGUCAAAUCAAGAGCAAUCAAACCUGAUGGUCUACUCGCCACAGCCAUCAUCCACCUCUACCACUCAGUUUUCGAAUGUAGCAGGAGACAUUUUCUCUGCAUUCUCCACUUCCCAUGAGUAUUUCAAAUCGGAAAAUUAUACCGCAAAACCAACACCCAAGUUGAUGAAAGCCAAUAGUCAUAACUCCAUUUCAUUUUCAAAUUAUAAGGAGACGCCACCACAACCUUUUCACUUCCAAGUCAGGCCACCUGUCCUUGAAAAUUCCUCAAAUUUACUCCAAAUGCCAAUUUCGCCUGUCCAAAACCAACAUGUAUAUUCACAAAUGAGCAGUAAUAGUAUCAGCUCAUGCAGUAGUAGUAGUAGCUUGAGUGAUCUUUCAGCCUCUUUUUCAAACCAGGUGGAGAUUGAUCUUGAUAGUGCCUUAUUGAGAAGAACUUCACAAAAUGGAGCGAGACCACCACCACCUCUUAAAAAGAGUUCCUCGCUCACUGCAGUCAUGCAACCAAAAAGGAUUCAAAAGAAGAAAGAAAACUCUAUAAGCACCAGUGCAGGGAACGUACAAAAUUUGCUCCAGAAUGUAUCGAGCAGUCUAUCAACAAAUGUGUCCACCAUUACUCCCUCCAUGCAUUUUACAAGCAACGAACAAGGUGUUUUGCGUCCCCCUCAUAUUGAGAAUUUUCAUAGUUCCCCUUCAACUCUGCAAAUACCAAGACCUGUAUUUGUGAAAUCCAAAUCUCAAGGUCAUAUUGGAAUUCAAACCAAGCUUCUCCCAAGCUUGAACGAGUUGUUUGGAGAGAGAUUUGUUGAGGAGACAAAACCACACCUGAACUCGUCCUAUCAUCCAAAUCAAGAGCGUUAA